AUGGGACAGCCGAUGACAGUCAUUUGCACAGGCGAGUUGCUACCCUUCAUCACUUCGGCGCCUGGGAAGGUGAUCAUCUUUGGCGAGCACUCGGCGGUGUACAACAAGCCUGCGAUUGCUGCCAGCGUGUCGUCGUUGCGGACGUAUCUCUUUGUGGAGGCGGAUGCAGAGAGCGAUGCAGUGCGAAUGGAGUUCCCAGAUAUCGGGUUCCAGUACAGUUGGAAGCACGAGGCGUUGACGGCGGUGCCGCGGGAGGCGGUGGUACGGGCCUUCUGCUCGCGCGAGCUGGACGCGGAGGUACUAGCGCACGUUGACAGGCUUCUGAUGGGGCUGGAGGGAGCGCUGGCGCGGCACGCGGCGCUGUGCUUCCUGUACAUAUACACUUGCCUGUGUCGGGAGGUGCAGGGCGUAAGGUUCACGGUGAAGUCGACGCUUCCAAUCGGCGCGGGGCUCGGGUCCAGCGCGUCGAUUGCUGUGUGCCUUGCGCUGGCGAUGGGGCGGCUGGGCGGGCACGUGCAGUGCGAGUCAGGCGCGCUAACGAAGGAGCAACAGGACUUUGUUAACCGGUGGGCGCUUGUGGGGGAGCAGUGCAUCCACGGGACACCCUCGGGCAUCGACAACGCUGUGGCCACGUAUGGCGACGCCGUUCUAUUCCAGCGUCAGCCGGACGGCUCUACUAAGUUCGAUCACCUCAGCGACUUUCCGCAGAUGCCGAUGAUCCUGACGAACACGAAGGUGCCGAAGUCGACGAAGGUCUUGGUCGCGAAUGUCGGCAAGCUGGUGGAACAGGAGCCGCUCAUCACGGCCCCUAUCCUCAACACGAUGGCGCAGGUGGUGACACAGGCGCACGAGCUCCUCCCUCUGUUACAGGGCGACGACACCGUCUACACACGAUUGCUACAACUAGUCAGAAUCAACCACGGACUGCUUGUGGCACUCGGUGUCUCACAUCCGAGUCUGGAGCAUGUCAGAGCGCUCUGCGAUACCCUGGGCAUCGGGGCCACCAAGCUGACAGGCGCCGGCGGCGGCGGCUGCGCCCUCACGCUGUUGAAGCGCGACGUCGAAGAUGAGCUCGUGGAGCAAUUCAGAAAGACGCUGCUGGAUAAACACGGCUACGAGUCAUUCACCACAGGGCUGGGCGGCGUCGGCUGCUGUCUCGCGACGUCGCAGACCAUCCGGCCUCACCUGGACAGAAUAAAAACUCUGUUCCAAGAAGAUACCCCUCAGCAGCAGUUGGCGGAGGCGUUGUUACCAGGUGCUUCCCCGAUAGAUUGGAUCCACGGCUAG